AUCAAGAGGUGCGCAUGAAAGUAACCGAAACGUAACUUAUCACCUCUCCUCGCGACGCGUUUAUUCUGUCGUAGACUAUGGCGAUCAGUUCUUCGAAUUCGAUCAUCGCUCUCGCCGGCUUUAGCGGCGUGACCGCGCAUGUAUUUCUGUAUCGCCACGGAGAAUGGGACCUUAAGGGGCCGACGCUGGUGAUCUCAUACAUCAUUCUACUACUUGGUGCCAUGGUUGUAGAGCAAACGGAGAGAGCGUCUGGUCUUGAACUGGGCUUGCCACGCCACUGGGCCCCCCAGGUAGUAGGAUAUCAUAUUCUGGGUAUCUACGGGAGCAUGCUCUUGUACAGAGCCUUUCUACACCGACUGGGAGGAUUUCCGGGGCCAGUCCUUGCAAGAUUGUCAAACUUUUACGUUUCUGCGUUAUCCGCUCGAAGGUUUCAUCUUUACGAGGAGACCCAGAGGCUCCAUAAGCUGUACGGGGAUUAUGUGCGCUUAGGUGAGAUGUGGCUUUCUCCCUCAAUGGCUUCUGUCGUGUCUUGGCAAUGUGAACUGAUCGAAUGGCCUGGAUUGCUAGGGCCCACGGAGUUGUCCAUUGCCGAUCCCAACGCAGUCAAUGCAAUCUACAGUUCUCAGGCGAAGGUUUCGAAAGGCCCAUGGUAUACCGUGCUGGAACCACGAGUCUCUGUCCAAAUGGUCCGGGACAAGGUGGAGCAUGCGCGGCGGAGAAAGGUCUGGGACCAAGGUUUUAGCUCGCGAGCCCUGCGUAACUACGAGCCGCGCGUUACCCACUACACGAACCAACUUAUUCAUGCCAUUGAGCAGCGUCUGGAGAGCCCAAUAGAUGUCUCCCGGUGGUUUAACUAUUAUAGCUUUGACGUGAUGGGCGAUUUAUCGUUUGGAAAGUCCUUCAACAUGUUGAUAGAUGGAAAGGAUGCUUAUAUUUUGAAGCAAUUACAUACUGACAUGAAAGGUAUUGGCCUUUUCAGUCAUCUAACCUGGCUGUUCCCAUUCUUCAAAAGAAUUCCUGUGCUCAAUGCCGAUUACCUGAAAUUUUGGAAUUGGGUGGAAGGACGAGUGAAGGAGAGAAUUCAGGAAUGUCCGGACCGUCUCGAUGUGUUUUCCUGGCUUCUGGACGCGUAUAAGCGGGGCCGCAAGACUAAGCAAGAUACUCUUGACCUUCACGGCGACGCCUACCUAAUUAUUGUUGCUGGCAGUGACACUACCGCUGCAACCCUGACCAAUGUCAUGUUUCAUCUGGCUGCGGACCGCAAGUUGUAUCGAGCCCUCCAGGCGGAGCUCGAUGCCUUGCCUGACCUUGCCUAUGAGAAACUCCAGGGUGUGAGGUUACUCGAUGCAGUGAUAAAUGAGACCCUCCGGCUGCAUCCUGCUGUACCAUCAGGCACGCAGCGCAUGACUCCCCCAGAAGGCAUGACUAUCGGCAACACGUAUAUCCCAGGAGACGUCAUGGUGUGCAUCCCGCUACACACGCUCUUUAGAGAUGAACGUGUCUUCGGCCACCCAGAGGAUUUUAUCCCUGAAAGAUGGACUACUCAACCUGAACUAGUCAAAGAUCCAUCCGUAUUCAUUCCUUUCAACGGUGGCACGUAUGCGUGUGUUGGAAAGCAGCUUGCCCUGAUGGAGCUCCGUCGCGUGGUUGCUGAGAUCCUCACGAGGUAUGAUGUCUCAUUCGCACCCAAUCAAACUGCGUCUGCCUUUACGGAUGGAAAGGUCGAUACAUUUACGCUGGUCACAGCGCCACUGAAGCUGUUGUUCCAAAGGAGGGAAGAUGGUAGGCCGUACAAUGUCACAGACCAACCAAGUAGUUGAUCUGGCCGCAUGUAGCUUGGAGGCAUUUGGGCAGAGAUUGUCAUACUUCGUGUAGAACUCGUUUGUUCGUCAUAUUGUGUAUGAUGCGAUUGAAAGGCACCAAGCCUACUACUCCCUCUACGUGGCGCUGAUUUGGUGAAUUAAAGCGGAAAAAGGCAGGGGAGAUUAAUUCUAUGUACUUUGUAAUACGCUACGCCAAGAGGCUCAGAGAUGAACAAGUCUCUUCUAGCUCCGGCCAUUU